UCAUUUGUUUUCCACAAAAAUUUCGAAUAACCAAAAAAAAACAACUAAAUAAGCUUGCAUUUAUCCGUUUUUACAUAAAUUAUUUUUAAAAACCUAAUCUUGUCCUAUAUAGUUCAAUAAAUUAAACAAAAUUAACGACCGUUCAAAUUUCCAAAAACUUCAAAUCACUGAAAAGUGAAAACAUUGACACCCUAAUCGGCCCGCGGGACAGUUCUGCGCGUAGGAUUAUCAUAUUAAUAAUGCCAUCAAAACCAAAAUCAGCCGCCGCUGCAGAGCGAGAACGACUGAUCAUCGCCCCGCAUCAUCAUCAAACGUGCAGUGCCGCACGCGCGCUGACGACCACCAUAUUGCGUAAGUAGGGAGAGAGAGCCGACGACGUUGUUGUGCAGUGCGAACGUGCAUGCAGCAUCAGGCCAUCAGUCGACCGGCCAAAAUGCUGAGGUACGGCCGUGCCGUCGGCCAGCUGUCCAGGAUAACGAGACAAGCACACGCGAAGAACUUCUCCGAGCCCCUCAAACGCUUCGAUUUCAUAAGUAUAGGAUGUCUGAGGUAUAGUUCCAAAAGUAAGAAAACCAAAACUACUGGUACUACCGCCAAAGUAGAAGACUGCGUGCCCAAUAGCAAAACAAAAACAUCAAAGAAAGUUCCUCCACUGCCACCACCUCCACCUCCGCCACCACCAGCGCCGCAUGCAUCUGCACCUCCACCUGUACCACCACCUCAAGAGGCAAAGCCUCCAGAGCGAGUCCAAGCCCUCUGCGAUAAUAGGAAUUACACUUGUCCACCAAACUGCCCUCCAGUUCAUGUAGAAGACUGUUACAAAUCUGGAGGCCCAGGUGAUAAUGAACCAGGAUUCAAAUACUGGAAACAUCUGAUUGCCGCAGUUAUUUUAGCUGGAGUCUCUGCCUAUGCGUAUGUGGAAUGGUUCACGGGUGAUGAUGGCAAGAAGAAAAAAAAAAUCGAUACCAGCACUGGUAGGCGUGAGAUUGUCCCAAAUCCACCAGAUUCUGGUUCAAUUCCAGCCGAAAUACCAUACUUGUUAAUAGGAGGUGGUACUGCUGCAUUUUCAGCAUUUCGUGCUAUUAAAGCUGGUGAUCCCACUGCUAAGGUUCUGGUGAUAACUAACGAAGGAGACUUACCUUAUAUGAGGCCACCUUUGUCCAAAGAGCUUUGGUAUAACAGGGAUGAAGCCAUGUCAUCUAAAUUAAUUUUUAAACAAUGGAACGGCACAAAGAGGAGUUUGUUCUACGAACCUCCUGAAUUUUAUCUCAAUGUCAAUGACUUGGCAGAAUCUGAAAAAGGUGGUGUAGCAGUUGCUACAGGCUGGAAAGUCAAGAAAAUAGAUGUGCCUAACAAAACUGCCUAUUUGCAAGAUGACUACAAAAUUAAAUAUGAUAAAUGCCUUAUUGCAACUGGUGCAUCGCCCAAGAAUGUAUCUGCAUUCGAGACAGCAAAUGAGAAAAUUAAAGAAAAAGUUAUAGUUUUUAGAACUAAAGAGGAUUACAUUGAACUUGUUCGAAACAUUAAGAAGCCUUCGGUGAAAAAUAUCGUUGUUGUUGGUGGAGGUUUCUUGGGAUCAGAACUUUCCACUUCACUUGCUCGAAAUUUAACAUAUGAAGGGCAAAAGGUUUAUCAAAUUUACAAAGAAAAGAAUAUCUUGGCACAAGUUUUACCAGAAUAUUUGAGCGAGUGGACAACAAAACAUUCAGAAAUUGAAGGUGUGAAUUGCAUACCCAAUGUAGAAGUUCAUGACUGUAGCUUGAAAAAUGGUAGAUUAUCGCUUGCACUUACAGAUGGCCAAAUUUUAGAAGCUGACCAGGUUGUAGUUGCGAUUGGCGUCGAAGCGAACACCACGUUUGCAAAGGACUCCUCUUUAGAAGUAGAUCCCGAGCAAGGUGGCUUUCUAGUUAAUGCCGAAUUAGAAGCGAGAAGCAAUUUGUGGGUGGCAGGCGAUGCCGCAUGUUUUUACGAUGUUAAACUUGGUAGAAGAAGAAUCGAACAUCACGAUCACGCGGUUAUUUCCGGACGAUUGGCUGGUGAAAAUAUGACGGGUGCACGGAAACCAUAUCUGCAUCAGUCCAUGUUCUGGUCUGACUUGGGUCCAGAAGUUGGAUUCGAAGCCAUAGGAAUUAUUGAUUCGUCUCUGGAGACAGUAGGCGUAUUUGCUAAAGCUACUGAGCAAGACACACCAUUGGCUGCAGUGACAGCGUCUGAUGAAGGCAUUAGAUCAACGAGUGAAGAGCAGAAAGACGAAGCGAAAUUUGAAUCUGGAUCAAAAACCCAGUCUGCUUCUGAUGAAAAGCAAGUGGUGACUGCUAAAGUAGAUUCUAGUAAGGAAAAAUCCAAGGAAGAAUCUCCAAGUACAGAAGAUAAUUAUGGAAAAGGCGUCAUCUUCUAUGUACGUGAUAACACUGUUGUGGGCAUUGUCCUGUGGAAUAUUUUUAACCGCAUGUCCGUUGCUAGACAGCUGCUUGCGAGAGGAACAAAGUACGAUGAAUUGAACGAAGCCGCCAAGCUAUUUGCGAUUCACGAGGACUGAAAAGCUAAAAUGUCUGAAAAUAUUUAGAUCAUUGUUUUGUAUAUACGCGAACGUGUAGGUGUUUUCGAAGCGUUUAUGAUCACGUUAAAAGAGGUAACUGGUAUUUGUACCACUAUUUUAAUUUCCUAACAUUCAUUCCGAUCGAUGUUGAACUCUUGGUGAAAUUUCAAGAAGCUUCAAUUGUCGAAAGUACGAAGUAGAGUUGCAUUUAUUUUAACUGCUAACCUUGAUGGCGCUUACAAAUUUUAGCAGAAAAAUAAAUAAAGACAAUAGACAUACACAAAAUGCUUGUUUGGUGACAUUCAAAUGCUUGAUAGAUUACAAGUUAGAUAGUUGUAACGAAUUGUGUAUGAAAAACUUUAUUGCAUAAGUUCGAGAUUAUGUAUUAUAGAUUUUCAAAUGAAUGAAUUUAAUUUGUUCAUCUUAAUAUUUCAUCGUACAAAAAUACCAAUUACAAUUUUUUCACGUCAUCUGGCAUUGUAUUGUUUGUUUUUUUAUUUUUAUUAAAAGCUAUAACUAAUUAGUCAGCUGUACAAAAUAUAGCGAGUCAAUGAUCCAUUUACAUAAAAGUUAACAAAACAUUUUAAUUUGAUGUUUAUAGUACUCAACUAUUUCCCUCGUUAUCUUGAAUAUUAAGUUUCCGUUGCGUUAAUGGUGGAAGCACUUUUCCUCCGUGUCUUUUUCCCAAACGGUCCAUGAAUCCCAUCUGACUGUGAAUCCGAUAAUCUUCCAAGAUCUUGAAUAUCAAAACAUUCUCGUGACAAUCUCAUUGAGUAAUAGUUAGGAAUUUACAUUUUUUAGUUCUCACCAUAUCUUCGGGCCACAAUUUUCCUUUCAUAAUGUUUUUCAACAUUUCACCUUCGCAGUGAUUUAACAAAGAAGCGCAGUAGUAAACCACAUAAUCUGGUGGAUGCGUAAUGCAAAUCGCCAAGUAAUGCAUGAUUUCACUCCAUGGAAGAAUCCCCCAGAAACAUUGAGUGAGCUGUCUAUCACAGAUCAUCCACCAGUCAAUCCCGCAUUCAUUCUAAAAAUUAAAUUUUGUAUUUAAUAAAUUCUGUUUCCAUUUUUUUUUAACUUUAUAUGAAAAAUAUUAAGUUUACCUUUAGUGCAAAUUUUAUCGUCGGGAAUUCUUGGCUGACAAUAUUUUCAAGAAGAUGGGCAAACAGAAACCUCGUUGAAGCCUCUUCUUCGUUUGACUCAUCAACAGCUUGCGCGAGCGCAGGCCACAUGAAUAUCGCCGAUGGAAAUCUUAAAAUUUGUGUCACAAAUGUUUUUGCCCUAAAAAAGAGUAAACUUUAGUACGGUAAAUUAAUCUAUCUAACAAAGUAUUAAAGGUCUGUGAUGACAAAAAGCUUUAGAGUCAAAAGUAACUAUGUUACGACAAUGACAACCAAGUUUUCAACCUGAGACCUAAUUUGCCAAUGAUGAUAUCUGGUUAGCUCGAGUCGUUUUGUGACUGUCGAGUCAACUUUCUUUUGACGUCUUUGCAAUCAACUUAAUCAAUGUAUCUUUCAAUGAUCAAGUUGCGUUGAGUUAAAGAAGGCGUUAAUUGAAAUACCAUUCCAGUUGCUAAAACGUAAUCGCGGCCAACUGAGGCAUUUUUCAAAUAUUCAUUUUAUAGUAUUAAACAAUUGUUGAGCAAAAAUAACUAACAGCUAACAACGACUAACAGCGUAUACUAACUUCUCUACGUUACCGCUGCAAAUGAGAAAAAUAGUCGACAAAAACCAGUCGAAUCCUUCAAAUUGCAAGGACUUGUUGUAAUUUAUAAAGUCAUGUGAGGAUUGAAUAAACACUUUUAAAUUGUG